GUUCAAAAGGCUCGGUUUCCACCUCCGGUGUCGAGUAGCCGCCAUCUUUGUAUCCGUUCAAAUACAAAAAUAAUAUUUAUUUUCAUUAACUAAGGUGAGGAGAAAAUAAUUUGGUAUAGUCAAGGAACUUAUGUCCGCAUCAUAAGAGCAUUCAUUUGAAGCCUUAUCGAGGUAAGAACUACACAACGUUAGCUUGCUUCCAUUAGGGAUUCCGCCUCCAGCUAGCUAGCUAGCGUUUGCUGUUAUUAAAGUUAGCCAGGCAUUAGCUAACUAUGUGGAACAUAUCUUAAAUCUGGCUAGCAACGAGACCGAGUAACUCAACAACGUGGUAGUUUUGAAGUUGGCACAUUGUGUGAAAAUCCAUUCCUCGUGCGCACCAAACAGUUUGUAGAACUUUCCCAUUUCUUAAAAGUGCAUGUUCAUACUUUUAAAUCUCGUUAACGUUGCUAACUACUGUAGCUAAUGUAGAUGACGUUAUUGCUUGCUAACGUUAGCUAGCUAGCUAGCUACAUGGUUGGUUAGAUAACAAACCUGUCGCCAUCAGGCUCAUAGGAGAUGGUAUAAAUACUCGUACGUUAAGGUGAUUGCGUCUCACGUCUUUGACAAGCAAGCAAUUGUGAAUAAAUCUAACGUUCAAAUAUGAAAUUGCGCGAAACCAUUUGAGGCAUACGAGAAAGAAUGCUGUUAACCGGAUGUGGAAGUAGUUUUUUCUCUUCGUGUAAAAUAGGAAUUUCUCUGACUUCCCCCGGAAAACCAACAACUUUAAUAUCAGUGUUUCCUGUCAUGUAUUUAAAUGUCUUUGUUGUUGGUUGUUAAAUAAUGUGGGUGAAUGAUUUAACGGAUAAUGUGACACAUGGCCGCCCCUUGUUCAUUUUCACAACCGAGGCGCAUAAGAUGGCUACUCGUCGUCUCCAUCAUCAUCACGCUUUUGCAAUGAAGAGAGCCUCGUGUUAGUGGGCUUUCAUGAUUGUGGCAAUAAUGAGUCACCGAUAACCAACCAGCUAGCUACAAUGUAACGACAACAAAAAAAGUGCAAAUCAGCUAUUCACAAUUUACGAACAUAUUACUUUGUGACUGGGUAAUUGUUUACCCAGGCAUGCCACAGAUCAAAACACGAUUUCCAGAUGUAUAGGUAGCCUAUUACCUGUUGGACGUUACGGAGAACUACCUUCACGUAUUAUGUCAGCAUUGAGUGAUAAAGGGUUUUGAGUGAUGUACGUUAGAUAUGUAGCAUAACCACUAACAUCAUUACUUUACAACAUUCAUUGUGUUGUGCUCAAAUGGAACGUCUGAUAAGUAUGUAUAGGGGAUUGGCUAGACUCAUUCGCCUGUAUUGCACGAGUCUAUGCAGCAGUAAUAUAAACAAACCAGUGUUGUCUCCGGAGUCAUUUCGCACAGACACUCCACAGAACGAAAGCGCGUCUAUUUCACAAUUGAUUUCUUACAAUAAACGCAAAGUUGUAAAUCAAAUCACUGUAUUUGUCACAUGCUUCGUAAACAGCAAGUGUUGGAUAACAGUGGAAUGCUUACGGCCACUUCCCAACAGUGUAGAGAGAAAAAUGCACAAUGAGUCCAUGUGCAGGGGUACGAGGAAAUUGAGGUAGAGUUAAGCAAUGAGGCACAAGGGGGUGUGGUAUAUGGCCCUUAUGCGCAACGCGGAGUGCCUGGAUACAGCCCUUAGCCAUGGUAUAUUGACCAUUUACCACAAACCUCCAAUGUGCCUUAUUGCUAUUAUAAACUGGUUACAAACGUAAUUGGAACAGUAAAAAUAAAUGUUUUGUCAUACCACGGCUCAAACCGCCCAGAUUAUAAAUGUACACUACAUGACCAAAAGUAUGUGGACACCUACUCGUCAAUCAUCUCAUUCCAAAAUUAUGGGCAUUAGUAUGGAGUUGGUCCCCCCCCUUUGCUGCUAUAACAGCCUCCACUCUUCUGGGAAGGCUUUCCACUAGAUGUUGGAACGUUGCUGCGGGGACUUGCUUCCAUUCAGCCACAAGAGCGUUAGUGAGGUCGGACACUGAUGUUGGGUGAUUAGGCCUGGCUCGCAGUCGGCGUUCCAAUCAAUCCCAAAGGUUUUAGAUGGGGUUGAGGUCGGGGCUCUGUGCAGGCCAGUCAAGUUCUUCCACACCGAUCUCGACAAACCAUUUCUGUAUGGACAUCGCUUUGUUCACGGGGGCAUUGUCAUGCUGAAACAGGAAAGGGCCUUCCCCAAACUGUUGCCACAAAGUUGGAAGCACAGAAUCGUCUAGAAUGUCAUUGUAUGCUAUAGCGUUGAGAUUUCCCUUCACUGGAACUAAGGGGCCUGAACCAUGAAAAAUAGCCCCAGACUAUUAUUCCUCCUCCACCAAAUUUUACAGUUGGCAUUAUGCAUUCGGGCAGGUAGCGUUCUCCUGGCAUCCGCCAAACCCAGAUUCGUCCAUCGUACUGCCAGAUAAUGAAGCUGAUUAAUCACUCCAGAGAACGUGUCCAGAGUCCAAUGGCGGCGAGCUUUACACCACUACAGCUGACGUUUGGCAUUGGUCAUGGUGAUCUUAGGCUUGUGUGCGGCUGCUCGGCCACGGAAACCCAUUUCAUGACGCUCCCGACAAACAGUUUUCUUGUGCUGACAUUGCUUCCAGAGGCCAUUUGGAACUUGGUAGUGAGUGUUGUAUCUGAGGACAGACUAUUUCUACGCGCUACAGCACUCGGCGGUCCCGUUCUGUGAGCUUGUGUGGCCUACCACUUUGCGGCUGAGCCGUUGUUGCUCCUAGACUCCACUUCACAAUAACAGCACUUACAGUUGACCAGGGCACAAAUUUGACGAACUGACUUUUUUUUUGAAAGGUGGCAUCCUAUGACGGUGCCACAUUGAAAGUCACUGAGCUCUUCAGUAAGGCCAUUCUACUGGCAAUGUUUGUCUAUGGAGAUUGUAUGGCUGUUUGCUUGAUUUUAUACACCUGUCAAUAACGGGUGGGGCUGAAAUAGCAGUAUCCACUAAUUUGAAGGGGUGUCCACAUACUUUUGUGUAUAUAUAGUGUACCUAUAGGUAGGGGUAAAGUGACUAGGCAACAGCAUAAACAGUAACAGCAGCUUAUGUGAUGAGUCAAAGUUGUAAGUUCCAUUACUACUAGAGUACUUCCAUGAUGACUGCUGUUGUUAAACAAAAUGUAUCUAACAUAACUUAACUUUAUGCAUGUAAGAUCUGAGGUAUGAUUUAAAACACAUCUAGCUAUGUUCAUGUGUAAAUAUCUGCUAGGACUGAGUCCUCUCAUUUGAUUAAGCUAGCCAAAAAUGCAUGAGAACCCUAACCCAUUAUUGAGUUUCAAAAUCUGGCAUAAAAGUACAUACUUUAUCAAGUAGGGCCCUGUGUUUUGGUUUCAUGUCACAUGACCUGGAUUUUAACCUUUUAUUUUAAGCCUUUUUCAGAAAAGAGAAUUGGACCAAAAAUGAAAUCAAUUGUUUGAGGAUGGUGCUGCACCUUUUGACAUAAAAAGAAAAGGGGACAGUUUGACGAAAAAGCAUUAAAUAAAGGUUAAAAUCCAGGUCAUGUGACACGAUUAACCAAAACACAGGGCCCUACCUCAGUGAAAAUAUACUGCAACAGUGGAAUACGUGUACAAUCAAAUGGGAAAUAAAUGCUGCAACCUUUGUAAUUGUGUUGUCUCAGAUGUCGCUGGUGGAUUUGGGGAAGCGGCUACUUGAGGCCGCACGGAAAGGCCAGGACGAUGAAGUCAGGACGCUAAUGGCCAACGGGGCUCCCUUCACCACAGACUGGGUAAUGAUUCCUCUCUUAACUUCUCUAUCCGGGCAAUUUUUAUUAUCUGCUUCAGUUUAAUGACUUUUACCCACCUCAGGGUUUUGGCUGGUUUGUGUGCUCUAAAUGCAAAACAAGAUACUCAAGUUCAUAAGUAAAAAAUGGUCUGAAGUGCCAGUCCAAUCCACCUAUAUGGUGUUUUGACUCUUUGUCCCUCUGAGCAGCUGGGUACAUCUCCGUUGCACUUGGCCGCCCAACACGGACACUAUUCCACCGCCGAGGUGCUGCUCAGGGCAGGCGUCAGCAGGGACGCCCGAACCAAAGUGGACAGGACCCCUCUGCAUAUGGCCGCUUCAGAGGGCCACACCCUCAUCGUGGAUCUAUUAGUCAGGGUACACACGUCACAAACAUCUCUAUCUAAGGUUUUAGCUGUUUAUUCUGUGUGUUUAGGCCUGAAAUCUAGGUUGUGUCUGACCUGGCACCCUAUUCCUAAUAUAGUGCACUGCUUUUGACCAGAGGCCAAUUUCAGAUGCAGACCUAGAUGUCUCUGACCAAAAUGUCUUAAAUCUAAGUACACUAGAAAAUGUGGUUACUUGUGCGAAGAAAGCAGAAAAACUGCCAAAUCUGCCAGGUGUCUUACCCUCUCCCCCUUAUUUCUCCUGGAUCACUCUCUACAGAGUGGAGCAGACAUUAAUGCCAAAGACAUGCUGAAGAUGACGGCUCUCCACUGGGCCACCCAGAACGGCCACCAAAGGGUAGCAGAGACGCUCGUCAAACAUGGCGCCGAUGUUCACGCUCUCAGUAAAUUCGAUAAGACUCCAUUCGACAUCGCAGGAGACAUCCAGAAUGCAGACCUUAUGCUCCUACUACAGGUGAGACAUUAAGUUGUAUGUGGAGUCUUAUUGAAAGGUCUCCAUGCACUAUUAUUCUAGAUUCCAAAAAUGUAAAAUGUACCUAAGGACUUGUUCCAAAAAUAUAUUAUUUUGAAGUUCUUUGACAGUAUGCUCCUUUAGGAUUGCAAUGCAUUUACAUAAUUAUCCAAAUACAUUACUUGCGUUACUUCUUAUUUCAAUGCACAACUGACCUCUCCUUUGUUUGUAGUAACUCUUAUGAUUUCUAUCCUGGCAGUCUCCCCUGUCUGUGGUGCUGUUGUAUGUAUGCUCUGACAGUGUUGACAAUGUGUUUGUCUAUAGGAGGGAAUGCAGAACCAGGUGAACAUGAACGCAGAGGCUGGCAUGACUGGGAGCUCGGCCCAGCCUCAGUUUAUCAUCCAGGGCAUCCCAGGGCUACAGGGGGGCGUGGUGAACCUGGCGGACCUCCUCAACAACGCUGCCAAGGCCAACUCGGGUAGGCUCCAGGGGGGCGUGGUCAACCUGGCCGACCUCCUCAACAACAUCAACUCUGGUAGCUACUGGGUUUAUACACACAGACACCAAACCUCCAGUUGCGUUAGUGUUCAUACUAUUUGAAAUGACUGGUCUUCUGACAAAGGUUUUGUGGCUGAAAUGUGUCCUUCUUACUGCUUUUAUGUUAUGGAAAAGAAAAGAAAAAAACCACCCAGUCCGUCUCGGGUGAAAAAAACCCCAGCUGGUUUCUCCAGUUAACGGCUGCAUCGGAGUUCAAGGAUCCCCCUGCCUCAGAGCAAUAUGCCCCAAGCUUCUUUGUUUUCUCUAGUCUAGUGCCUAGUCCCUGGCCUUUAUCACUCUGAUCUCAUAAGCUGAUAAGGUCUGCUGAUGCUGUGUGGACCCACACAAAGCUACCACCACAAUGUGUGAUAUGUGGGAAUAAAAGGUCAUGCAGAAAAGAGACAUUAAUUCUCACCGUUCAGAUGUAAAUACUUUCUCACAGCUUGAAUUCCUUUGAGCUUUAGCAUGUUACUGUAUGUAAUGCUUAUUUAAAUGAGAAUAUUGAGUCGACAUGUUGACUGCCACAAAGUAUAUUGUAGAUAGGCUUAUGAACUAUUUCCUAAUACAAGAACUGCAGUCGACAGGAAAAGUGAACUUUUUCCUCCUCUCUCCCUCUUUGACCCCUUGUCUGAAAGCAGGUGAAUCUGAGGAAGCCAUAGCAGCCAAUUCUUUGGACCCCGGCAGCAUCCAGCACAUGGUGAACGAGCAAGGUCAAAGGGUCAUCACCAUAGUGACCGACCAACACGGCAACCUGCAGACUGGAGGGCUUGGUCAGCCAUUCUUUGUCACAAUGCAGCAUGGACAACAGAGUAAGAGAACGUCUUGCUUUUGGUCACUUAACAUAGUCCCUGCUCCAUUUCAGCCUGUAGCCACAUCCCAUAGCCCCUAUCCAUUUGGGAACAGUUUCCCGGACCCUACUCCUGGACUAAAAAGCACGCUCAUUGGAGAAUCUCAAUUGAAAGCUCUUUUUAGUCUAAGAGUAUGCUUUCUCUGGGUCUAGGAAACCGGCACUUGAUGUUCUAAUGCUGCGUACAUAAUCAAGUGGGAAGGUGGUAUUUACCACAUAGGACUGGGGAAAAAUCUGCUCGCCCCUCCAACUGAUACUACUAUUACUAGUGGAAAACUCAUCCAUCAUCCUGGAAGUCUGACUUUUCCCACAUGCUGACCUGAGGUCACCUACUGAGGAAAUUACCUCGAUAAAGCUUUUUCGGCAGUUGAAUGCAACAACAAAACAUUAUUUAUAAAAAGUAAUCUAUUAAUAUCGUUGACACAGCUUGUUGGCCAUUAGCCAAUCUGUGUUUCUCAACGAGUUCAAAGAACGUGAAUGCAUCCAAUUGGUAUUUAUGACUUCACAACUGGUAAUUACCCCCUUCUCAUUGGUUAUGAACACCGCAUUAAAGUAGUCAGUACGUUUAGCAAUAUGGUGGAAUGUCCACUUACCCUACAAGAAACCUUAUUGUUGUGACAAUGUGAACCUUGUAUUUGUAGACAAUGGUUUUUAGCUUUCUGGGCAGAUUGUUUUGUGCUAGUUGCUUUGUAGAACACUGUGUUCUACUUCAUCAUUAAUGAACAGUCCAUUCGGGAAGUAUUCAGACCACUUCCCUUUUCCACGUUUUGUUACGUUACAGCGUUACUCUAAGAUAUAUUUUCCUCAUCACAAUACCCCAUAAUGACAAAGCGAAAACAGGUUUUUAGAUUAUUAUUGCAAAUAAAAAAACAAUAGAUACCUUAUUUAAAUAAGUAUUCAGACCCUUUGCUAUGAGACUCGAAAUUGAGCUCAGGUGCAUCCUGUUUCCAUUGAUCAUCUUUGAGAUGUUUCUACAAUUUGAUUGGAGUCCACCUGUGGUAAAUUCAAUUGAUUGGACAUGAUUUGGAAAGGCACACACCUGUCAAUAUAAGGUCCCACAGUUGACAGUGCAUGUCAGAGCAAAAAUCAAGCCAUGAGGUCGAAGGAAUUGUCCGUAGAGCUCCGAGACAGGAUUGUGUCGAGACACAGAUCUGGGGAAGGGUACCAAAACAUUUCUGCAGCAUUGAAGGUCCUCAAGAACACAGUGGCCUCCAUCAUUCUUAAAUGGAAGAAGUUUGGAACCACCAAGACUCUUCCUAGAACGGGCCGCCCUGCCAAACUGCGCAGUCGGGGGAGAAGGGCCUUGGUCAGGAAGGUGACCAAGAACCCAAUGGUCACUCUGACAGAGCUCCAGAGUUACUCUGUGGAGAUGGGAUAACCUUCCAUCUCUGCAGCACUCCACCAAUCAGGCCUUUAUGGUAGAGUGGCCUGACGGAAGCCACUCCUCAGUAAAAGGCACAUGACAGCCCGCUUGGAGUUUGCCAAAAGGCACCUAAACAACUCCCAUGAAAAAAACUCUGGUCUGAUGAAACCAAAAUUGAGGUCUUUGGCCUGAAUGGUGAAGCAUGGGGGUGGCAGCAUCAUGCUGUGGGGAUGUUUUUCAGUGGCAGGGACUGGGAGACUAGUCAGGAUCGAGGGAAAGAUGAGCAGAGCAAAGUACAGAGAGAUCCUUGAUGAAAACCUGCUCCAGAGCACUCAGGACCUCCCACUGGGGUGAUGGUUCUCCUCCCAACAGGACAACGACCAUAGGCACACAGCCAAGACAAUGCAAGAGUGGCUUCGGGACAAGUCUCUGAAUGUCCUUGAGUGGCCCAGCCAGAGCCCGGACUUGAACCCGAUCGACCAUCUCUGGAGAGACCUGAAAAUAGCUGUGCAGCGAUGCUCCCCAUCCAACCUGACAGCGCUUGAGAGGAUCUGCAGAGAAGAAUGGGAGACACUCCCCAAAUACAGGUGUGCCAAUCUUGUAGCGUCAUACCCAAGAAGACUCAAGGCUGUAAUCGCUGCCAAAGGUGCUUCAACAAAGUACUGAGUAAAGGGUCUGAAUACUUGUGCAAUGUGAUAUUUCAGUUUUUUAUUUUUAAUAAAUUGGGAAAAACCUGUUUUUGCUUUGUAAUUAUGGGGUAUUUUGUGUAGAUUAAUGGGUGGAAAAACCGAUUUUAAUCCUUUUUAGAAUAAGGCUGUAACGUAUUUUUUUUGGGGGAAAGGUCUAGUGGUCUGAAUACUUUCCGAAUGCACUGUAUUUCAAUAAGUAACCUAUAUUCACUUUCGAGACUGUAUGAUCCUCCAGGCUCUGAACUGUUGUCUGUUGAUUUGCAGUGUUGGCGAUGCCAGCCAAUCAGGUGACAGAGGAGGUGGUUGAAGAGGAACCCCAGCCCCCGCCCGCCCGCAAGAGGAAACUGGAGGCCUCUGCUAAUCACAUGGAGUCUGGAGACACGGUCAGGGGGGGACCACAUCUUAGAUGAUUUUUUCUUGUGCAACACAUUGAACUGAUAUGCUUCUGCCAUUUAACCAGUUUUAUUUAAUAUUGCUCUAGAGAUUCUAGCAGCUGUGAAAAUGUUGUUUUUGCAUAGAUUAUAAGAGAAACCCAUAGAUUAUUUUGGUACUUUGAUACUGUGCAGUUGGCACAAGUGGGGUGCAAGUGUGUGACCUGCAGUCUGACCUUUUGGUCUCCUUUUUUCUAUCUAUCCAUCCAUCCCUCCAUCCAGGAGCAAUUACAGAGGCAGCUGCAGGAGGCCAACAGGAAGGCCCAGGAGUACCGGCAGCAGCUGAUGUGCAAGGAGCAGGAAGCAGAGCAGUACCGCAUGAAGCUGGAGGCAAUGUCGCACAGCCAUACCAACGGCACCUCAGAGCAGGAGGAGGUGGUUGGGGGUGAGGAGGAGGAGGAGGAGGAGGUGGAGGAGGUGCAGGUGGAGACGUCGGGCAGCGAGGAGGUGAUGCUCCAGGAGGGAGCCAUCAUCAUCAAGACGGAGGAGCUGGACUCGGCCGAGGAGCAGGUGACACUGGUGGACUCAGCGCCCUCCCACACAGAGGUAAUCUCAUAA